ACACCGUGGUGCAGAGAUAAGAGCCAAGGCGACAAUCCGGGACUGUCGCGGUAUUGUCGCUCAUAGAUGUGAUAUACGAGGAUUAGAUGGCUGACUACCUACUGUGUCAGGAAACUCGGCGCUGGCAGUCAAGUUCUCAUAAAAGGGCGGACGAAGAGGCCAUUGAGCGUCAGCCCUUGACUCCAUCGACAGCAAUGGAUGCUAGCGCUACCUAUUCUCAUGGCUGUCAUGACAAUGCAAACGUUGACGAAGUCUCAGUCAUUGUAAUGGCGCUACAGCCUCCUCCACCGGCAUCUGCCUAUCAGCGCGCAACAUGGAGGAUGCAACCUGCUGCCGCAUCAAAUGCCUCUAAUUUUCCGUCCCGAGGGCUAACUGUAGCAACAAGCCUUGGGCACAAUGCAGCAACUGAUAUUGACCGCGGGGAAGAGCAUGGCGAUACAUUGUCUCCGAGUUUGUCUAGUCCAGAUACUUCCACACAAGGUCUGCGCACGCCAACAGAUUCACCUGACAUCUCUCACUUGUCAUUGGAGGAGAAGGAAGAAAUCAAGGAUCAAACUUAUUUCGGUAGAGAGCGGGCAACUCGCCCCAAUAUGCGUACUAUGCACGUUGAGUCGUCGCGCAGACGUGCAGACGUAGCAAUGGAGGCUCGAUUGAGAUCCAUUGAUCAGAAAAUGCCCGUAAUAUGUACGCCGUCACUGGACAUUCACGGGCUAAAUCACAUGGGCUAAUUGUGGACCACAGCGCAAGGCUACGGAGUAUUAGUCGUAUGUCUCUCUCGGGUCAAGUGUCUUCUACUAUCUAAAUGUAGCAACUCCACCGUUGCAGGAUAUACUUCGAGAUGAAAGGGACAAGAGUUCCGGUCAGACUUUCCUACUCCUUAUUGAUCUCGG